AACGUUUUACCGAGGAAAGGUCGCUUUAAGCGUCGUUCCUAGUUUUAAGAGCGCUGCCGCAUAAUUUUACGCGGUUUAUGGAAGACUGGCUGUUGCCUUCUGCCCCGCUAGCUAGCCACACAUGCUAGCCCGCUUUGCUUCCACGGGAAUUCUGCCGAGAAACGACUGAAUUCUGGAAACAUGGAGUCAAGGAAAGCUACACCGCGCUAACCCACUUCAGUGGAUCUUCGUCUUCUCAAAGGAGGGGGGCUUUUGAGGAACACAACAAGGACACCAUUCAAAAAGCGGUCGACAUCCAUGCGGUGUUAACACAUUAUUCGGUCGUCGCCCAGCUCGUUAUUGUCAAUAGGAGUUUGCUUAGUUUGCUGCCGAGACGGAGCACACGAAGCAAAGUUUUCUGCUGAAAGAGCUCAUCUGUUUUUGUUAGCUGGUAGCUGGCGAGACGCAACGCGAACCGACCCGCCGUACCGAAUUAAAAUUCGCCCCAAACGAACGCGUUUUAACCGGUCGUCUAACCAAGAUAGACUCCGCUUUAACGUGUUUUCACUUCCACAAAAAAAUAGCGGUAACUAUCGCCUUUUCUUUGCUAAUUUGUAACACGGGGUUUUCGACUCAUUUGAAGCGGAUUCCCAUGGUCACGAGAGACUCGUCCCCGCAGCCAAGGACAGGAAUCAGGGAAUACCAACUGGGAAUGAAGGGUUUUCCAACAUCUUCCAACGUCGUUUAGCCACCGAGGCCAUUCAGCCGAGCUGGGGAGGUGGCAGUGGACUGUAUCAUAGGGCUGAGGUGUCUGUUUUGUUUACGUUUGGGAAUACAGUAGCGAUUAACGAGACACGUUUAAAAUCAGAAAAAAAGGUGGCAUGCCAGUGAUAGACAACCGAGGAUUCGUAAGAAGAGUGACGGCUCAAAGCAUCAACUGUGGCAGUAUUUGUUUUCUUGCCAGAAUACUUAUCUAUAACGGGUGGGAUAUCAUCUUUGACGUUACAGACAUCAACGCCUAACGCGCGAGGCCCAUGUCUGUUUUUUAAAAGGUUUUUGCACUGUAGAUCCCUAGCAGCUAUAUAUAAAUUAGACAAAGAAUAUCAUUUCACCUAAAGCUAGGAAUCUUUGACGUGACAGACAUCAACGCCUAACGCGCGAGGCCCAUGUCUGUUUUGUUUUUUUUAAAAAGGUUUUUUGCACUGUAGAUCCCUAGCAGCUAUAUAAAUUGGACGAAGAAUAUAAUUUCACUUCAAGCUAGGAAUUUCUGUUUUGGACGUGCCAAAACAAGCAACCCCGGCAUCUACGAUUCGUUGUUUUUUCCCGCUCUCAACAAUAUCCUCAAAAUCAGACGAAUGCAAGAGAAGGCCACUCGAUGAAUUCAUCACUCUCUGGAAAAUGUUAAUGGGAUAUAAUUUGCUGCAACUCUAGAACCGGAAGCCCAAUGAGUGACACACAGUCCAGCUUCACUGACAGGUUUCCCAAGAAAGCAAACAGAACCAGCAGCAUUCUCAGUAAAGACCAUCCCCCGGACAAGAAACCCAAAAGUGAUAAAUCCCUACUUCCCUCUAAUGAAUUUGACCCAACAGAAGCUCUGGUGGUGCAGAAGAGUGGCAGCAGCACUGUGCUAGCGGAGGGGAAGCCUGAGUCCUGUGGUCUGGUCCAGCGAUGUGUAAUCAUCCAGAAAGAUGAAAAUGGCUUCGGGCUCACUGUCAGCGGUGACAACCCAGUGUUUGUGCAGCUCGUCAAAGAAGAUGGGGCUGCUAUGCGUGCAGGUGUUCAGACAGGAGACAGAAUCAUCAAGGUUAAUGGGACCCUAGUAACACAUUCUAACCAUGUUGAAGUGGUGAAGCUCAUCAAAUCUGGCUCCUAUGUGGCCCUCACAGUGCUGGGGCGCCCUCCUGGGCUUGCCCAGAUCCCCCUGUCUGAAGCAGAAUCUGAAAUGUUGGGGGGCAGCAUUUCCUCUCCAAAUUCUCCAGCUGCAGAACGGCCCUAUAGCCCUCUUGACCGUAUCUCCUCUACCCUACCACUUUGGGAUGAGAACAGCAGUGUCCGCAACCAGAAGGUUGACAUCUUGCAGAAAAUGCUUUCUAAGGAACAGCAGGAGUUGCAGGCCAUGAAGGAGGAGUACAGCAGGAACCCCUCCCCCAAACUACUGAAAGACAUCCAGGAAGCUAAAAAACACAUUCCUCAGCUGCAGGGUCAGCUCUUUAAGGCCACAGGGGCAGCACAGGAGGCAGUUCCAGUGGGAGAUGCAGAUGACAGUAGCACGUUUGAGAGCGAGCAGACCCCCUCCUCUAAGGGAGACAACAACACAGACCUAUCUUGGAGCAGCUCCCCUCUUUCUCGUGGUUUGGGCCUCGGGUCUCCAGAGAGCCUAUAUCAAAAGGAGCCCUCCUGUCCCAGUCCAAAGAGCACUCCUAGAGACAGCUUCAAUUCCUGCCACUCCCCAGAGACUGAGGAUGCCACUGAUCUGGACUCUCUUUCACCCACCACAGUCAGCAGCCCUGCCUCUGCUCGCCUCGUCUCACAGAUCAUUGGAGCUGAAGACGACUAUUUUGAUUCUGAUCAGGAGCAGACAAAUGGCCAGUGUAACAGUUUCCAAAGCAUUGAGCUGCUUAAGUCUCGCCCUGCCCACUUAGCAGCCUUCCUGCACCAUGUCAUCUCUCAAUUUGACCCAGCUCCACUGUUGUGCUACCUCUAUGCUGACCUAUACAAGCAGACCAACUCCAAAGAGACCAGACGGGUGUUCAUGGACCUCCACACAUUCUUUAUCGAUCGGGGAGCAAAUUUAAAAGUUUCUGUCCCUGAGUCCAUCUCCACUGAUCUUGACCGACGGCGGACGGAACUGAUCCCAGAGGAAAUAAACAGACAGCACGUUCAGACAUUGCAGGACUCUUUGCUUCCUGACAUCCAAAAGAACCUUGAGGAUUUCAGGCAGAAACGCAGUAUGGGCCUAACGCUGGCUGAAGUAGAGUUGGCCAGGCUGGACCAAGAACGAGUCAGAGACCGUGUUACACUUGAGAGAGAGCGCUCCUAUGCUGAAAACAUCAUCUCCAAGAUAGAGGAUGUCCUGUUGACAACUCAGACCACAGAAGAAGAGAAAUGCACUACUAUGCAGUAUGUCAUCCUUACAUACAUGAAGCACCUUGGUGUGAGAGUCAAAGAACCACGCAGCCUGGAGUCUAAACGAGUUCGAAUCAACUUCCUUCCCAAGAUUAAGAAAAGCAUUAAGCCAGAGAGGGAAGGAGAAGAGAAGGUGAAGAAACCUAGAUUUCCCAGUAUUCUUGGACCUCAGCGUAGGCCAAGCCGUGUUGAAGCAACAUCAGUAGGCAAAGCCCUGGAUGGGCGUCCCCGGCCUCAGAAGCAGUUGUCUCAACCUAUGUUGGGGACCAGUGAACACUUGGAGCCUGGCCGCCUGAGAGGCAGCCAAUCCAGCGAGGGCUGCGAACUCACAUUCUCCUCAUCUUUUACCACCUCGCCAACAAACAGCGCCACAUACAGUUCAGACGGUAGCAGAGAUGCAGAUAUCGGGGUAACUCCAACCUCAGGCCUCCCCAGGCUGAGUGAUGGCCUUCAGUCUGACUCUCUGGAUGGCCUACUAUACCCUGCCCAGCACUUUGACCUCUAUAGCCUGGAUCAGCUGCAGGAAGAGGACAGAGAGAGUGACAGAGUCCCUGAAGGAACACCGAAGGCCAUUAGAAGGUCUGAGGGGCUCGGCGCUGCAGAUGUCCAGAGUGAGGAUGACCAGGGAACAGACUCAGAGCAUGACCCCCUGAACUGGCAGCAGUUAGUGGGGCGAGAAGUUCUUGCAAGUCUCAGACCUCAUGAGAUCAAGAGGCAGGAGGUCAUUAAUGAACUCUUUUACACAGAGCGUGCUCAUGUCAGGAUGCUGAAAGUCCUGGACAAUGUCUUCUACCAGAAGCUGUCCAAAGAGUCCAUCCUUUCCCCUGCUGACAUCAAGAAUAUCUUCACCAAUCUGGAUGAGGUCCUACAGUUGCAUGUUUCAAUACUGGAGCAAAUGGCAGCCAUUCGAAAAAGGAAUGAGUCUUCAGUAAUUGAUCAGAUAGGAGAUGACUUGCUCUCCUGGUUCAGUGAUGGAGAGGAGGAGAAGAUAAAGCAAGCUGUGGGGACAUUCUGCAGCAACCAGCCUUUUGCUCUGGAGUUAAUUAAGACCAGGCAGAAGAAGGAUUCACGUUUCUCAUCCUUCAUCCAGGAGGCAGAGAGCAACAGAUUGUGUCGCAGGCUUCAGCUUAAGGACAUCAUACCUGUAGAGAUGCAGAGGCUUACCAAGUACCCCCUGCUGCUAGACAACAUUGCCAAAUACACAGACGAUGUGAUAGAGAGAGACAAGGUGAAGCACGCUGGAGAAUGUUGUCGAAAAAUCCUCAAUCACGUCAACCAGGCUGUGAAGGAGUCUGAGGACAAACAGAGGUUGGAGGACUACCAGAGAAGAUUGGACCUCUCCUCUCUAAAGCAAACAGACAACCCCAUGAUCCUGGAGCUUAAGAACCUGGAUCUAACCAAGAGAACGUUGGUGCAUGAGGGACCACUGUCAUGGAAAGUUAACAAAGACAAGACUAUUGAGUUGUACUCACUCCUCCUAGAGGACAUUCUGGUCCUGCUUCAGAAGCAGGAUGAGCGUUUGAUACUGAAGUGUCACAGUAAGAAUCUGGCUGGCACUGCUGAUACCAAGCAAACCUUCAGCCCCAUCAUCAGACUCAACACCGUAAUGGUGCGCCCUGUGGCCACAGACAACAAGUCAUUCUUUGUCCUCUCCAUGUCGGAAAACGGAGCCCAAAUCUACGAGCUGAUGGCACCCACAAUUUCAGAUCAGAGAACGUGGCAACGCCUAAUCACCCAGAGAGCUGACGCCAUGAAAGUCAAACCUCACAGUGUCAUACCGUUACCUCAGACUGAUGGUGACAGAGAUGGCAUGGAGAUCAUUACAGCAGGUGUGUCCAGACUUGGUAGAGACCCAGACCGCACCUCCACUGGUAGUGCCCGUUCCACAGAUAAAGAGAGCAGCUCAGCAUCUAGAAAUGUGAUGCAGACUGCUCUGCCAGGCAAUAAUCCAUUUGAAGCGGUGAAGGCAGAUGAAGAAGAGGGGGAGGAAGGUUUUGUGGACCCAGAGCUUCCCUACCAAGUGACGGAGGAUGGUGAUGGAGACUCAUUUAGUCUCUUUCCUUGCAGAGCAGACGAGGCACUGAAGACAUUGGCAGCAUUGAAACAGGUGUUGGUGACCCAGCUAAUGUCCCAGGAGGCCAGUGAGCGUGCCCAGCGCUCCUCAGGGGCCCGUCUGCUCAGGACCACCUCCCUGCGGACUCCGGUGGACAGCCGUGCCCGGGUGAUGGUCCACAAUGGCUCCGAGAAAAACCGCACCCAGACAGAGGACCCUGCUCAGGACCUCGGCUCUGGGGACACAGGCUUCUUUGAUUCCCCUGAGGACUAUGCAGGAUACUUGGUCCUAGAGGGCUACGGUGGCCCUGGAGAGAGCAGCACAGAUGAUGAUAUCAUGGCAGCCACCACAGGGAAGCAGCUGAGCACCUCACGAGGCUGUGCCGCAGACUCUGGGAUCAAUCUGAGAUUCUCUUCAACAUCACAGGCCGGCAGUCUAUCCUCUUUCAGCAGACAGGUCCUCUCUCACCUUAAAAACCUGCAGGCGAACCUUAACUAUCUGAAGGAGGUUGAAACUAAAUAUAAUAAUCUAAUACACCAAAGGCCAGAGAGGUCUGCAGCAGACACGGAUGGAAACAAAGAUAAGAGAUAGUGGAACUCUGUGGCUUCCCAGGCCUCUGGCUCUGGUCCCAAAGAGGAAGUAAUGACUCGUAGUCUGCUCCUACUUCCUGUGUCCUGGACUUCCUGGACGUCCUCUAUAAGCUUGUCCUCUCACUGCUGAGCCCCUCCCUCCAUCGCCGUCACCCACGGUUGCCACAGAUAAUGAGAGACAGAGCAUGAGCAGAGAUGGUUGGAGGGAGGAGGAGGAGUCUCUCUGAUGUCCCUCCCCCUCCAUCAGCACAAGGCAAUCAGGGGAAUGGGAUUGCCCCAAAACCCACCCCUCUUAAGUUCUAACACCCCUGUCCCCUCUCUCCCCCGACCUCCCUGCAAGAAAGAGAACUUAUACCAAAAUGUACAAAGAUCUGUGUUAAGAAUAUAUAUAUAUGAAACACAAAACAAGAAAAGGAAAAUUUUUAAGAUAAUGUAUUAAGAUUUUUUUAUCCCAAGAUGUAUUUAUUUUCUUUCUUUUCAUUUUUUUAAAGGUGUUUCCCACAUUGCUUGCAUGCUUUCAGCCAUGGUGUUGAGACCUUUUCCAGCUGCUUAUCCUGCUUCAAACACACGUGGUUGUGUGAGUGUGAGUGCAUGCUAGCAUAAAAGCAUGCUAGCCCGACUUACCAUGAUUCAAAGUAGGAAUGUAUUCAGACUGAGAGAGGCUAGAGUUGCACUGGUUAUGGAUAAAUCCAAAUGUGUUGAAAUCCAGAAUUGUGUCAAAGUCUAGAAUUUCUCAUCAAUUCUAGAAGUUAUGUUAACUAGAAUGAAGAGUCUGAAGGCUCUGAUCUGGUCCCAUUGCAAUUCUAUACCCGGCGUUUCCCUUACUGCCUCUUUCUCCCCUCUUUCUUUUUUUCUCUCUCUUUCUCUCUUUGACUCCCCUUUACUCUUUUACUUGUGUGACUCUUUCCCUCUCCUUCCAACUACAUGUGUGGGUGUCACUCUUCUUGUGUUCCCCACACUCCACCCCCCUAACCUCCCUACACACACACACACACACUCUCUCUCUCUAUAUGUCAUGCUUCCCUUCUUCUUCAUAUGCAAAUGUGUACCUUGCCUGGUUUCCCCUCUGUUACAAGAAGUGGUCAUGCUCUUUCUGUAUUAGCUCCAGACAGAAGCACUGGCUCUUCUGCUGCUGCUGCUGGGGGCGCUGACCUGACUGCCUGAUACUUUAAUAAUGUCACAAAGUUCAACAUAUACUGUACAAUGAUCAAGUUGGAAGGCUAUGCAUAACUUUAAUAAAUAAAUGGUGCCAUGACACAUUUAAAAA